AUGUCUACCAUCAACAGCGUCCAGAAUUUCGAUUUCAUUGUUAUUGGCGGUGGAACCGCUGGUUGUGUCGUUGCCGGUCGCCUGGCGGAGAACCCCAAUAUCACCAUCCUCAUCAUCGAGGCGGGAGCCAGUAAUCCGCAAGACAACGAAGCCAUCAUGACACCAGCCCGCGCCUUCGAACUUCGAGGCAGCAAGUGGGAUUGGGGCUACAAGACGACGUUGAUCGAUCGCCCCGACUACACGCGCGUCGAGAAACCAAACACUCGUGGUAAGGUCUUGGGUGGUAGCAGUUGUCUGAACUACUACACCUGGAUCCGUGGAAGCGCGGCAACCUUUGACGACUGGGCCCCCUUCGGUGGUGACGAGUGGACUUGGGCUGGCUGCAAAGAGUACUUCGACAAGCCUGCCACUUUCCAUGACGACCAGAACCAGUUCCCCGAGUACUUGCAGCACAUCGGUACUUCAGGCCCAAUUCACGUCGCCCCUGCAGAGCUUGUCUCCGAGGCUGCACCUUUCCGUGAGGCCUUGAAGAAGGCCUGGGUAAGUAAAGGAGAGAAGCUAAACAACGAGAUCUACGACGGAGAGAUGCAUGGACUGGCUACAGUUGUCAGCUCCAUCUACAAGGGCACUCGUUCAUCUAGCUGGCGUUAUCUCGAAGGCAAGAAGAACGUCACCGUGAUCGGGAAGACCAACUCGAAGCGCCUCCUCAUCGAUAACGGCAGAGCAGUUGGUGUCGAAGUCAUCGGCCCCAAUGGAGAAGACCUCACAUUCCGUGCCAACUAUGAGGUGAUCGUCUCUUCGGGUGUCUAUGAGUCACCCAAGCUGCUCAUGCUCUCUGGCAUUGGUCCUAAGAAAGACUUGGAGUCUUUUGGGAUAGAAACAGUUGUCGACUCGCCUCACGUUGGCCAGAACCUUCUCGAUCACCCCAUCAUGCCUCAUGUCUUCAAGCUCAAGGACGGCUACGGCCUUGACCAACAUCUCCUACGCGCAGGUCCCGAACACGACGGCGCCGUGUCUUCAUACCGCUGGAAGAACAAGGGUCCCCUGAGCAGCGGUCUCCUAGAGCUCGUCGGCCUGCCUCGUAUCGAUGACCGCCUUAAGAAAUGCGAGGAGUACAACGAGUAUCUCGAGAAAACCGGUGGCGUCGAUCCCUUCGGGCCCGGCGGCCAACCUCACUUCGAGAUUGACUUUGUCCCCAUGUUCUGCGACGCCUUCCAAUGGCACAUCCCCACCCCUCCUCAGGGCGAUUACUUCACCGUAAUCGUUGAUCUUCUUCGCCCUCUUUCACAGAACGGCACUGUAACUCUCAACUCCGCAAACCCUCUCGACCAAGCCAAGAUCAACCUCAACUUUUUCUCAAACCAUCUUGACCUGAUCGCCAUGCGCGAGGGCGUACGCUUCGUGGAUGAGAUUAUCAUGAACGGCGAGGGCAUGAAGGACAUCAUCGAGAGUGACUACCCUUGGCCAAUGCCCCGCUCCUCCGACGAGGCAAUGAUCAAGAUGAUUCUCGAGCGCUCUCAGACUGGAUUCCAUCCCUGCGGCACGACUCGGAUGUCUCAAACCAUCGAACAGGGUGUCGUCGAUGGCGAACUGAAGGUUCACGGCGUCAAAGGGCUCCGAGUGAUUGAUGCAUCUGUUAUUCCGGUCAUUCCUGACUGCCGUAUUCAGAACGCAGUCUACAUGGUUGCAGAGAAGUCUUCGGACAUGAUUAAGGCGGCAUACCCUGACUUGUACUAG